AACUUAUGCUAAAAAAUUAGGGCAACACCGAGAAAGAGCAUCACUCUCACAUCCACGGUAGAUUUUGCAGCAAUUCAACAAAGACCGAGAAACUUGUCAUUCUCUACCAUUGAAGAUGAGGAGAAUUUCUCUGCAUCGCCCUCGCAAUGGUAUUCCCUUUAUCACUUUCUUUGAUAUUUAUCCUUCUUGUUCGGCAAUUACAAUCAGAGGCCAUAGUAAUACAUCCAUUUCAGUAAAGGGUAAAUUUGGGGUAAAUAGCAACUUUGAGAAUGUAAAGUGUUUAGAUGAUGCUCUAACUCUCUUCCAUCAAAUGGUCAGAAUGAAGCCUCUUCCGUCUCUUGUCGAGUUCUCUAAAUUAUAUAAGACUAUGCUAAAUAUGAAGCAUUACUCUGCUGUAGUUUCUCUUUUUGGAGAAAUGCAGAAAUCGUAUAUCCAGAUUGAUGGGUUCAUCUUGAGUAUCGUCAUUAAUAGUUAUUGCCUGAUGCGUCGUGUUGAUUGUGGAUUUUCGGUGUUACCCAUUUACUUGAAGAGUGGCAUUCCAUUUAAUGUUGUCACCUUUAACACCCUAAUAAGGGGAUUCUUCGCUGAAAAUAAGGUCAAAGAUGCAGUUAACUUGUUCAAAAAGUUGGCGAAAGAGAAGAUUUGUGAGCCUAAUGAAGUCAUGUAUGGAACAAUCAUGAAUGGGCUCAGCAAAAGGGGCCAUACUCAAAAAACUUUAAGUUUGCUUCGGUUAAUGGAAGUAGGGAAAACUAAGCCAAACAUAAAUAACUACAACAUUGUUAUAGAUGCGCUUUGCAAAGAUAGAAACUUAGAUGCUGCUAUCAACCUUUUGAACGAGAUGAAGCAGAAAGUCAUUCCUCCAGACAUAGUCACAUAUAAUUCAUUAAUUGAUGGUUUGUGUAAGCUUGGUCAGUGGGAAAAGGUUAUGACUUUGUUCUCUGAGAUGCGAAAUUUUAAUAUUUAUCCAGAUGUGCACACCUUCACCAUGGUGAUUGAUGGACUAUGCAAAGAAGGGAAAGUUGAAGAUGCCGAGGAAGUAAUGAGACAUACGAACGAAAAAGGUGUUGAGCCUAAUAUAUUCACUUACAAUGUGAUAAUGGAUGGAUAUUGUUUGCGUGGUCAAAUGGAUAGAGCGAGGAGCAUUUUUGAUUUCAUGAUAGAUAAGAGCAUUGAGCCUGACAAUAUUUGCUAUAACGUACUAAUAAAUGGAUAUUGUAAGAAAAAGAACUUGGCCGAGGCUAUGCAAAUGUUUUGUGAAAUUUCUCAAAAGAGACCAAAACCUAAUAUGGUUACCUACAAUACUAUCUUGCAAGGUUUGUUUGAAGUUGGAAGAAUUGGCUCUGCAAAACAGGUAUUCGCGGAGAUGUUAUCUACGGGGCCCAUACCUGAUUUAUGCACUCAUACCACUUUGCUCAAUGGUUAUUUUAAGUAUGGACUUGUUGAAGAAGCUAUGUCUUACUUUAAUAAGUUGGAAAUAAAGAGACUAAGUACAGAUAUUGGAUUUUACAAUGCUGUCAUUAAUGGGUUGUGCAAAAAUGGAGAACUCGACAAAGCUCAUACUAUUUUUGAGAAGCUUUCUAUAAUGGGAUUGCUUCCUAAUUCAAGAACAUACAAUACAAUGAUAACUGGAUUUUGUCUGGAAGGGUUGUUAGAUGAAGCUAAAGCUAUGCUAAGAAAAAUGGGGGACAACGGUUGUUUGCCAAAUGAGGUCACUUAUAAUGUUAUUGUGCAAGGAUUUCUCAGGUAUAGCAAAAUUAGUGAAAUGUCAACUUUUAUGAAGGAAAUGGCUGGAAAGGGCUUCUCAUUUGAUGCAACUACAACUGAGUUACUGAUAAACGUUAUAAGGAAGAACCCUUCCGUCCUUGACAUGAUACCACAUUUUCACUCGGAAAAUAAGAAGUGAAUAUUUCUUUCCCUUGGUUUAUUCACUAUCAUGAUACAAUUUCCGUUUAUGUCUGCGAAAGAAAUGGCAUCCAGUUCAAUAUCCAGCUUUCCAGGCAGGCUUAUUACGGAGGCCUAAAAGUUUUGAAUCUCCAUUUCUACUGUCUAGUAUUUGCAAGAUGAUUUACUAGAUGCCAACACAAAUAGCUGGUCUUCGUACUUUGGUUCUCCUUCUUUUUGCCAAUUUGCCUCCUCUCUCUCAUUAACUCUCUUGAACCAGAAGAUCCCUAGAAAACCAUAUCACAGGGAAGAUCAUCCAUGCAACAAAAGUUGGGGACAUUAUGACAGAAAAGAACAAGCUUAUCGCAGUCACAAACAAACAAACAACUACCCAGUAUAAUCCCACCAAGUGGAGUCUGGGGAGGGUAGGAUGUACGCAGCCUUACCCCUACCCCUAUCGCAGUCACACUCACACCAAAAACUGAAGUUCUGAAAGCGAUGCAACUGAUAACAAGACCAUCCACUAAACAAUUGCUGGUACAGUUUUCCAAAUUGUCUUGUCAACUAUUUGAAGUCGGACUACCCUUAUCCAUCUCAGCAGCAGUUCUUUCGGAGUUUUCGACAUGCACCAUUUUAGAUCAAAUAAAUUCAAAAACAUGUACCAAAUCUGAGCUGUAAACUUGCAAUGUGUGAAUAAGUUGCCUUGCAUCUUCCUAGCCUUCUUCACAGAGGAUACACCUGUUGCAGACAACUUUAGUGUUGUUCCAAGGCUCCCAUUCCAUUUGAAUGUCAGCUGUGAUCUUGUUAAUUUAAGUUUCAAUAAAGUGCAUUUUGAAGUUUAUGAAUUCAUGCUGAUAUUUUCUUGUUG